UUUGGACCCGCCACGACGUCCCAAAGCGUGCCACCAUUCUUCGACGCUAUGGCUGAUUUGCUGAAGGAUUCCCCGCUUCGUGCGGUGCAGGUCGAAGCCCUGGUUGUCAUGAAAAUCAUCAAGCACUCGGCGCAGGCGUUCCCCACAACGGCGACGGGCUCUCUUGUUGGCAUGGACGUGAACAGCACCCUCCAAAUCACAAACAGCUUCCCCUUCCCCACCGUCGACGUGCCUGCUGCGGAUGGCCACCAGGACUCGGCGUCGAACCUAGCGGCUGCGGCCCCGCGCGCAAAAUCGAACGCGGCAUACCAGAACGAGAUGAUCAAGUUCCUGCGGGAGGUGAACGUGGACGCGAAUAACGUCGGCUGGUACACGAGCACGAGCAUGGGCAACUUCGUCAACGCGAACACGAUCGAAAAUCAGUUCUUCUACCAGAAGGAGCUCAACGAGCGGACGGUGGCGCUGGUGCACGACGUGAGCAGGAGUUCGCAGGGGAGCCUGAGCCUGCGCGCCUUCCGGCUGUCACCCGCGUUCAUGGCGGCGUACAAGGAGGGCAAGUUCACCACCGAGAGCCUCCAGAAGAGCGGCCUCCGCUACCAGGACAUUCUCGUCGAGCUGCCCUUGGCCAUCCACAACUCGCACCUGCUCACCGCACUGCUCCACCAGCUGCCCUCCGAUGCGCCCAAGGAGGAGCUUGCCUUCCCGCCCAAUCUCGCCGCACUGCAACAGGACCCGAAUACGCCGCAACCGCCCCUAUAUCCCAACUUCGACUCGCUCGACCUUUCCAUCGACCCCUUCCUGGAGAAGACGUGUGACCUGCUCCUCGAGAGCAUUGAGAACCACCACACGGAGCUCAACAACCAUCAAUACUACCAACGAUCGCUUGGCCGAGAGCAGGCAAAGAUCACGGCGUGGCAGCAGAAGAGGAAGGCGGAGAACGCGGCACGGGCUGCCGCGAAGCAGCCUCUGCUCCCAGAGGACGAGUGGCAGAGGCUCUUCAAGCUGCCUCAGGAGCCCAGCAGACUGGAGGUGCUGCUCAACUCACGGCAGGUGGAGCAGUAUGCACGGCAGGUGGACGGCUUCACAGCCAGCGUGAGCACAAAGAUGUUCGCUGUGAAGAGUAACUUGUUGCCGGGAGAGUAGGGUAG